ACACCGCCGCUGCUGCUGCCACGAGCAGCUUGGGUAGACGGGAGGCUGCACUAAAGAGAUUCAAUCUUCUAUCUAUACCUCUCCUACUGCAGUCACAUGCUGGUAAGUACUUAAAAGCAACAACAGCGGCAUCCCUGGCAUUGACGGCACCAGCAGCAGCCUUAGAGAACCCCCGCCCCCCGUAGCAUUAUAAACGUCAGCAGCAACCACCGGACCUACGCUGGGAGGAGUGCCACCAACGGGCAACCUUUCUCACAUCGUUACCCAAGGACAGCGGCUCCACGAUGGGCUGCACCUCAGGCCGCCAGCCCCCGGUCCUUCACCCGGACCUGGACUGCGGCGACAGCAGCGAGGCCAACACCUUGCCCCAGGACUCCGAGAAUCAGAACCAGGGUUUGAAUGGCUGCGGAGGAGGAGGAGGGCAUGGAAGUGUCGGAAGAGAACUGGCCAAACCUCCGGAGACCCACCCCACGCUGGAGCGACUUGCCCAGGCUACAGGCGGGACAGAGAAGUCCUGGUACCGCUGCGUGUUCCCGUUCGGCGUGAUAUCACUGGUGAUCGGCAUGGCGGGCACCGGGGUGACGUUCACUUUCAACACGCUGCUCCAGACCAAAGUGGUGUCGGUGGCACUGCUGUGUGCCGGCGUCGUGAUGCUGCUCGUGGCAGCCGUUUGCUGGAGGGCCCACCGGCUGAGGAAGAGGAAAAAGAAGGAAAGCGGAUUCUUUGCCGCCGACCAGGCCACCUUGUGAUGGUGGGUGGACUCCCAAAGUCAGGUUCUUGUUCGGCGGGACAGAGCACUUCAGGUUGGACUUUUUGGAAUGAGAAAGGCGAAUAAGAUGGAUGUGAUGUCAGGACAUCCAUGCUUCUCUUCUAUGCACGGGGACAGAGCAACGAUGAGGGUCAACAAUUUGAAUAUUUUAUGUGCAUCCAGAAAAAAAGGCCAGUUUAGCAUCGUCAUCCCCACGCUAAGCAGACACAGAGUUACGGUGUGCGCCACUCUCCAAACUCCCCCCUGUUCUUUUGUUAUCUGUCUUCAUCGUGGAUUUAUUUUUAUUUUAUUUUAUUAAUUACACCGCCCAGAGCACACUUUCAAUCACUGCUCCAAGACUGGCGUCUUGUGUCAGGGACAUGUGUGACAGAUAGGCACCUCAGGAAUAGUUAUUUAACACUUUGUGGUCCUCUACCGGCAGCUUGACAGCGCACAAAGAAAAGAACAGAUAGGCCUGACCGGAACAUCUGCAAAGGUUUAUAAUUCGUCAGAGCAGUCUUUUAUGUGUGUGCGUGCCAGUUUAACUGUUGCAGUUGGCACAGUUCACAGAUAGCUGUACUAGUUAUGAGGCACACGUUCGGCUGUUAUCCUCACGCUCGGCACACAUCCCCCCACAGUGAAUCACUCAACACGUCCACUCUCUUGCAUGUUUCUGCCCAAAAUCCCAUUUUGUGUAAUCGGGCACGAAAGGUCAACACUACUUUCCUCCUGCCACCGUCGCUUUGCUGGCGGAAAAAAACCCUCGCUCCAGCUGUGCCCGAUCAAGAGAAAGCACCACUCCGAGAAGUAUUUAGCUUCGGUGGUAAUGGCCUGCGUUUUCAGUCCCCCCCCUCCCUCCCUACCCUUCAGCACACUUGGACCUGUCACAGACGACUUGUACAUUGUACGGAGAGGAAAUCCCAUUACAGACGCGCUUCAGCGAACCCACACACCAAACGAGACAAAGCGUGCGACGGCCUGAUUACUCGGAUCCUCGCCUCCUGCCGAGCCAAACAGAAAGCAACAACACCGGACAUUGAGGGAAAAUCUUUUCUUCUUUUCAGCCUCCACUCUCCCGCUCUCCAAGGAAUGGAUUAACACUAUUGUUUGAAGAGGCGACUGGAUUAGGGUUAGCUGUGUGGUUGAGUGGUACUUUAGCUAUUGUGAAAACCUGUCUUAUUGCCUUUCGUCCUAGAUAGUCCUUUUUUGAACACCACACAAUAGAAUCAUAUGACUCUGAAGUUGAACUAGCGAUUCUAUUGGAAAUUGUUCCUUGAAGUGAGAGCAAAUCUUCGUGGACUCAAAAUGUAGCAGUGUGUUACCCUCAGUCUCUCUGAUAGUGUCUGGGCUUUCGCAGAAGGUGACGCGGUGUUGAGGAAGACCCAGCAGCAUUCUCGUCAGCUGUAGCGAUGUUUUUGUUUCUGAUUGCUUUCUAUCUCUUUGAUAAAAUGUUGACUUGGCUUCACAUGUUUUUCUUUGUUGCAUGGAAUUGCGACUGUGUGUGUGUGCGUGUUUGUGUGUGUGCGCACCAAAGCUACACUUAAUCUAUUCCCUUUGGUUUUCCCCUGUGUCCUUUCACAGACCCAAACCAAGACGAUCAAAGGUGACCCCUCACAGUGUGGAUGUGUUAGCCCGUGCGUUUGUUCUGAAAUAUUGUGUAUUCUUGUUAAUGACAUAUGAAUACUGUGUCUGAGAGUGUAGCCACAUUUCUGAAUGUACCUCUAACAGUGAGUGUCUUAUGAACAUCCUUGUACAGACUAUUUAUGUAUCGUCUAUUUCUAGUAGACAGAGCAACUUCAGGCGUACAGUACAAUAUGUAUCUAUCAAAGGCAGUUACAGACACUGUCUUUUUAAUUUCUCUUUGAAUAGCCUUCAGGUUGUAAUCGUUUCAACCGUUUUGCUGUGAGUGUUAAUUGUAAGUGUUUCAUUCCAAAAUGAGGCAUCUGCCAUAUGAAGAAACCAACUUGUUCCAUUACAGUGAAGAACAUAAUGGGUUUUAAUUAUAGUAAUUUUGUUUUUUAACUUUCACAAGAUUGUAUUUUUUUAGCAAAACAUAAUAUAUAUAUAUAUAUAUAUAUGUCCAUGGUUUUGGAAUGAAACAAAUCCAUUGCUAAAGUGGUCAAUUUGCUUUGAGUUAAUUGUCAUGGCUCUGCUUUUCUCUGAGUGCCUUUUUACUUGCAACAUCAAUAUUUCCCUGUAAGGUGCAGUUAUUGUAAGCUGUGCAGGCCAGUAAUAUAGUAGCCCAAGAGAGGCAAACAUAUUUCUGUAUUAUUUCAGUAUAUGUGAGUGUUAUGGUGUCCGUGAAAAUACUUUAAGUCCCACUUUGAUACGGAUCCUUAACCAGAAAUACCAAAUAUAUAAUAUUAUAAUAUUCUUUUUUUGUCUCUCUUAAAUGUGCGUACAUUUUCUGUUUACUGUAAAUUGCUGAAGCACUGGAUUAAAUACAAAAUCUGUUUUGGAAACAUGCUCCACAGUUAUUCUGUAAUGCCAUUUAGGGUCAUUAGUGACGUCGGAGCAGUUGGUGAGCUGUCGUUCUGCUCACCAAUUGGUUGAUGGUGAGCAGAAAUAACUUUGUAGUAAAAAUGACAUUAAAAAAUACAAGUUGUCAAUCAGUUUU